AUGCUGGUCAUCCUGGGCCUACACAAGAAAAGAGAUAAAAUUGAGGAGGCGCCGUGGGGAAACAGACUGAACGUCACUGCUGCGUCCACCGACGCACAGAAACAGAAGACAAGUCCUCGUGAGCCGGGGGCGCGGGAGCAGCAGAGGAGCGCUCGUGCACGCGGAGAGGAGACCCCCAUGCCAGCCCUCAGCGUCAAGUCCUUCAAGAAGCUCCCGGUCUGGGACUUCGAGGACGUUUACAACCAGGAUGCUCCACCGCGGCCAACAACAUGUGCCCAGUCUCUGCGAAAUACCAACGACGAGUAUUUCCGGAAGGCUUUUCUUCCCAACAUCCGUUUGUACCUGCACAAAGACAACUUCAACAUGAGCGAGUGGAACCGGCUGUCGCAUUUCAACAAUCCUUUUGGUUUCAUGGGUUACAAAUACGAUGAUGUUAUAACCUCAUUCAAGCUGAUCCCUGAGCCGGUUGAGCCCCUACUCCGCCCAAAGCCAGGCGGGGACGGCUGCAUUCGCUGUGCAGUGGUGGGGACCUCAGGGAUCCUUAAUGGCUCCAAAAUGGGCGAAGAGAUUGAUGCACAUGAUUAUGUUUUCCGCAUGAACGGGGCAAUCACCCGGGGCUACGAGGAGGACGUGGGGAACAGGACGUCGGUGUACGUCCACACGGCCCACUCCAUCACCUCCUCUCUGUAUUUACUCAAGAAGUACGGAUACAAAGCCGCCCCGCACGACGAGGGUAUAAAGUAUGUGCUCAUUCCUGAGGGGAUGAGGGACUUCCAGUGGCUGGACGGUCUUCUUAAAGAUCAGAAAGUGUCGGCUGGCCCGUACCGCAACAGGGAGCCAAGAAAACACUAUUCAGGGCAGUACAACGAGAGCCGCUUCUAUGUUCUCCACCAGGACUUCCUCCGAUACGUCAGGAACAGGUUCCUAAAAUCGCCCAAUCUGAAUCGUACCUAUUGGGCAAUAGUGAGACCAACAAACGGGGCGUUCACCCUCUUCCUGGCGCUGCAUACCUGCGACACGGUGGAUGCGUACGGAUUCAUUACUGACGACCACAAAAAAUAUUCCAACUACUAUGUGGAGCAGCUGGUCAAAACCAAGGUCAUUUUCUACGCCAACCAUGACUACCACUUGGAGAGAAGUACAUGGAAACACCUUCACGAGAGCAAAAUAAUAAGACUGUAUCAGCGAGAUGAGCCGGACACAAAGGCAGACAAGCUGAAGUGA